AUUCUGGGAGAGUGCUGUGGAUCCCAGCAGUCAGGCUUCCAGUUCUGUGCCAUUUUCAUCUGUCUCAAUGAUUGGUGUGGUGUCUGCUCAGUGUCGUUUUGGCUCAGAUCUCUAUCUUCUAUAAGGGGUUUGCUACUCAGCUCAUAUGGUGAGCAGAAGUGCUGGUCUGCCCACACCUUGUCCAGUCUGAUCUUGAAGCUAUUCACAGUCUGAGUAGUAACUACUUCUUCAGGGAGUGAGUUCCAGUCAUUUAUGACCUGCUGGCUGAAUGAAUCUUGCCUCAGUUUGGUCAAGGAUAUAGGUUUCGAAAGCUUCAGACUGACCUCUUGUAUUGCCUGCUGCAAGUUCGAAGAAGGCAUCACUUGGGAUGCGUUCAAAUCCAUGAACAAUUUUGUAAACUUGGAUCAUAUCUCCACGACGUCUGGGGUACUGAAGGGAUGGGAGGUUGAAAGCCUGUAAUGUCAUAUUUGUACACUUUACAAAUGGUCUCAUUUCCAUUUCUUUUGAUUAUUUUUUUUUAAAUAUAUGAAUUUGGCGCAGUCAGCAAUUAAUGUGGAAAGCACUGCCAAAGUUCUCAAUACCGGCAAUGUACCCAAAACUGCUUUGCCACAAGGAUAACUGUCGGGAUGCGCGUUAUAUGCGCCAAGGGUUAAACACAAAUUCAGGCACGAAUGAUGGCGAGAUUACGGUCCAAGAUAGAGAAAACGAUCACGCUGAUCCUCAGUAUACUUGAAAAUGCUUUCAACUCUGGCAUCUUCUACGGUUGGCCCUCUCUCGUAUUCAUCCUCAAACAGCAACAGUUCUUCCGAGAAGGGUGUGAUGAUGAUGUUUCCCCGAACGCUGUACUCCUCAAUGAUUCCUUCGGGUAUGCGACGUCAUCCCCUCUGGGCAGUGAAUAUGUGACUGACGUUCAGUAUGUUCUCACGGGCAAUGAUUCUGGACAUGAAAAUGACAUGGGUGAUCAUAUGCUCCCGUGCGAUUCACAGGAUAGCAAGUUCCAGCUUGUGUUCACAGUAGCGGCAUUCUGUAUGCAGGGAUCCGUGUUUCCGAGUGGUCUUCUCUUCGAUAGAUGUGGCACAAGAUUUGUUCGGAUCUUGUUUAGUGUCUUAAUCUUAGCUGGUCAUCUGUUUCUUGGGUUCAGCACCCCAGCGAGAGCCAACUUCCUGUUUCCUGCAGGCAUCUUGAUCGGCAUCGGAGGCAUCCUCAUGAUGGUGUGCAGUAUGCAGGUUUCCAAUUUAUUUGGUCCCAACAAGGCCACAGUGAUGACGUUGAUGAGUGGUUGCUUUGAUUCUUCUGCUGUUGUAAUGCUUAUCGUAAAGUUGAGUUACGAGGCCGGUCUACCGAUGUCAACAGCCUUCUUCAUCCUUGCGGGUGCAACCAUCUUCUUCAGUAUGAAUACAUUCAUCCUGCUUCCUGUAAAACGCAUUCCUUGGCCACUCCCAUCGGGCUACGUACAGGUCAAGAGAUGCUGUGGAGGAACUGAAGAAAAAGAGGCUGUUAUGACACAAGAAGAAAUAGACUUGAAGGUGGCCAAUGAGAACGGCACUGAGAAGGAGAAGCUCAAUCGUAACGGGUCGACUGUGAAUGGAUCUGAUAGAAGAAAGUCAUCUGGUACUAAAGCGAAUGGAGGAGGUUCAACGAGAAGAAAGUCUCGGGUGAUCCAGGCCGAAGCUGAGGCAUGUAAAAAACAGUACUUCCCAACGAUACGCUCGUGUAUCCUUUCACCUCUCUUCUGGCUCCUGGUCGCAUGGAUCUCCAUUCUCCAGCUCCGUCUGAUCUUCAUGAUCGGAACCCUGAAUCCCUGGCUCAGCAGAUUGAGUAACAACGAUGAGCAAGUUGUGAGCAAGUACACCAAUGUCUUCUCCUUCAUCCAGUUUUGUGGAUUUUUGGUUGCUCCUCUUGGAGGGCUUCUUCUUGAUCGUAAUAAGAUGACAACUGGCUGGUUCGCCAAUAAGCAUCUUGACAAGAGAAGUCCAUAUGCUGACCUGAAGGAUACCUGUUUCCCACUGGCCUUGACGACCAUCCUGUUUACAAUCUUCUCCAUCUGCAUUGUCAUUCCUAAGCUUGAGUUACAGUAUCUGACGUUCAUCAUCCAGGUCGUCAUCAGGUCGUUCCUCUACGGCUUGUCCUGUGCUGCUAUUCCAAUCAUGUUUCCUCAAGAAUACUUUGGUACCCUCUUUGGAGUGAUGGGGUCGUUUGCUGGUAUUUUUGGUCUGCUUCAGUAUCCAAUCUUCAGUAUCCUUCAAAAUGUACUAAACAACGAUCCUUUUAUACUCAAUAUCUGCUUCAUUGUAUUCAACCUGCUAACAGCAAGCCUUCCGAUGUACAUCUGGUUCUUUGUGAGACGGAAAGAAAAACAGUAUAAACUGGAGCAAGAAGAAGAGUUACAGGAGGAGAAAUACACCAUCCUUCCUGCCACGUCACCCUCUGAUGCCUGAGGCAUAACUCCCUUACAGUUAUGUUCACACAAUGUUUCUGAACCACACGUCAUCAUUACAGUUUUCAAUUUAAUGAUUUACUUGUAGUUUUAGAUGCUCCCAAAACUGGCAAUCAUAGAGUUAAGUCUAAUUUUAAAAUACAAGAUGGUUUCCGCUUCAUUAGAGCUGCCGAGGAGUAAUGAUUUUCAGUAAUUAAUACUGAAAAUGAGAAAAAUACUGAUGGUUUGUGGAAGCGUCCUGGUGUAGCGGUUCUGAAUCUCGCCUUGUAAUCAAAGGGUCGUGUGUUCGAAUCCCACCGCGGCCUAGCGUCCUUUGGCAAGGCGUCAAUCCACACUUUGCCACUCUUGACCCGGGUGUUAAAUGGGUACCCUGUAGGAUGUGGACGUCAAUGUGAUUAGAUUGGCACGUGUGCACGAUUAACGGUUGCCUGGCCAGGAUACUCCCCAGGGAGUGGAGAUGGUGCACUUUAUGUGUGGAACAGUGAUGGAUCCUAUGACCGGGGAAAUAAUAAUUACAAUGUAAUGCGCUUAGAAACCAAUGCAUUAAGCGCUAUAUAAAUGUGACUAUUAUUAUUAUUAUUAUUAUGGUUUCAUGCAAAAUACUGAUUUCUGAAGUAUCAGUUUCAUGUGUUGCCCUUUGGUAUUUCUUUAAAAAUACAGAUUUCCUCAACAAAUAUGAAUUUUAGCUUUAAAAAAAAACUGAAAGAUUCUUGUUCUGGUUGGCAGCCUUGCCUAUUACUUUUCGCAGAGUCUGGUAUGAUCAUCUUUGAUCUGCUUCCCAUGAAAGCUCCAGACAAAGUUAAUUAAUAUAAUAAAUAAAUUAUAAUUUAUCCCUUGAAUUUUCCACUAUUGCGGUAUUAUUUUCUAUUCUUUUCAAUCUACAAUUAUGUAAGACUCCUUUUUCAUAGGUAAAUCCUUCAUUUAAAAAGAAAACUAAGCUCUCUGAAUCUUUGAGGUUCGGUAUUGAAUUUUUCAAUAUUUUUUUUCAAAUUUUGUAAGUUCAAAAGUGUAUGGUUCGUUUGGGCCAGUCGUAUGUAAAUUCACAUUUUGAAGCGAUGAUGUCUCUGUGAGAUAGUUUUGAUAAGAUAAUGUUUGUAUUCUCUCACUCAUACAGUAAGAGUGAUGUAUAUGAAUCUCUCUUUUUUUCCAGAAAGAACAAAAUCACAAUGGCAAUCAUUCACAUGUAUGCCAAAUGAAGUAUAAAUAUAUCGUCAUGUAAAUGUUAUACUUAGUGCAUGAUCUGGAGUUGAAUAUAUUGUGGGUAUCAUAGAUUUAGAUUUUUUUUAAGUGGAUUUUAUGUUACGGAGGUUAGGGUACAUGUUAAUGUGCCUUUCCUUUUUAGAGGCACCAUAAAAGUGCAAUCAGAUAUGGUGCCCCAAAAAUCACUGUGAAUGAAUAUGGUUGCUACAACAUAAAUAUUUUCAAUAAUGAUAUACAUGUAUCUGUUAAGUGCUUAGAGAGUUCCACUUUGACUAGCACUAUACAGUGCGUACCAGAAAAAAAGAAAACCGGGAUUCCCAUGUCUUUUUUCUUCAAAGGCAAAUGAAUUGUGAUAUUUCAUUCAAUAAUCAUAUGAUUGAAUUAUUCCUCUUUAUUUUGAUACCCAAUAUAAGACAAACACUUCACGCAUUAAUGAGCCAGACGAAUUUGAAAUUCUAAUGUCAAAACUUGGUUGCGCAGUAAAAUUGGACAUGAUUGGUUAGUGAUACGAUGACCGUGCUAAUUCGACGAUUGGCUCAUUAGCAUUUCUUUUGUAUUUGUCAGGUUUCUCUCACCAUGACUGAUCCCUGAAAUGACAGUGAAUUCAGGUUCACACGUGAGUUUCUGCGCAAUCGAUUCUGAUAUGCCUCCAUAUUUAUUGUUUGUAAUCUGCCAUGCAUGAAUGAUUUGCUAAGCUGUUGGUUUCAAAUUAGAGAUGAUGUUCCUCUCUUUCCAUGAGUAUCAAAUUUAUAGUAAAAACAUAUUUAAUGAUUGUGAAAUCUAUCUCUGAAAAUGGGUUUCCUUUUUUGUGGGACACACUGUGUAGAAAAUGUUAUAUUUGCUGACUACAAGAUUCAGAAAGGAUCUUAAAGUGUAGUAUAUGUAUGGCAAAUGUGCAGUCUCGUAGUAUUGCAUAUAUUUUCACAUGAAAUAUGGAACUGCAGAGGAGUUUUUUUUUAAUGAAAGCACUUUUCAACUGUUAGGCAUACAUGUUCAGUGACAGCAAUCAUUCUGAGACUCAAUAUAACUCUCUAAAAAUCUAGAACAGUAGAUUUAGAUCACUGAGUUGAUGUUCUGUGCUUAAUUUGUGAGUGAGUACGUAUAUUGAACAAGACUAGCUGGUGGUAUAUGUAUUGUUAAUGCUGACAAUGUUUUCUUAAUGCUUCCAGAAAUCGAUAGUACUACCUCUUGUGACAAUGCAGUAUGACUUGUUUUUUGUAUGUGAUUAUUAUUAUUAUUAUUUAUUCAGCAUUUAAUAAUACAUGAAUUAUAGUACAAUACAAAUUACAUAAACAUUAGGAUAUACGUGACAUACAAAGGACCUAGAAUAAAGAUGAAGGGGCUGCCUGGGUUUGGAAAAGGUUAACUAAAUUACCAUGACCCACAGGUCUCCCUUCCCACACCACUUUACCUCCAUCCAGGUCAGUAUAAGAAUAUAAAAAGAAACAUAUGAAUUAAAAGUAUACAACUGAAACUGGCAACAGUUAAUUUGGUGAAACAAAUGUAACAUGGAUCCAUCAGCAAUUAUUUCAAUUGAUUCAUUGCAAUAU